AAAUUGGUUACCAGAAAUCAGUCAGAAUCGUCGGAGAAGAAGAAGAAGAAAGAUGACGUUGAAGAAGCUGGACGCGAAUCCAUCAACCAUAGAAUCGGUGUUGGAACCAUUGAAAUCGGACGAAACCAAUCGUAGCAAGAUCAAUUUCAUACUCUUCCUCGCCGACAAUGAUCCCACCACCGGUCAAAGCUGGUGUCCAGACUGUGUUAGAGCUGAACCUGUGAUUUACAAAACUCUAGAGGAAUUUCCAGAGGAGGUGAAUCUUAUUCGUGCUUACGCCGGAGAUAGACCUACGUGGAGGACUCCGGCGCAUCCGUGGAGAGUUGAUCCACGAUUUAAGCUCACCGGAGUGCCGACUCUUGUUCGUUGGGAUGGUGACUCUGUUAAGGGACGGCUUGAGGAUCAUCAAGCUCACCUUCCUCACUUGAUUCUCCCCCUUCUUGCGCCGACGACUUGAUUUGAUCGAUUUCUCGGGACUAUGGUGGGAUUGAGGAUCAGAUAUCUUAUAUAUGUUUCUCUUUGUGUUGUUUUCUAAUAAGUCCUUUACAAUGUGUGAAGGAGUAAUGAGACUGAAACUUUGUUUAAUUUGAGUGGUAUGGUUUCGUGCUCAAUGUACUGUUACUUCUCGAAUAAAUUACGUUGACAUUA